AUAGACGAAGGAGGGGAGAGGGAAGUUUUGUAGCGAGGUGGAGAGGCGUGCCAACAAUCAGCGAUUUUGUACGAGAGCAGCUCGCGUCUCAGAGAACACAUGGCGAUGCAUCGGAUCCAUUACGCAGCGUCAAAGAGCCGUUGCAAGAGAAAAAGGACUCCCUGAGGUGUCGCUGCUUGUUGGUGCUGUUUUUUGGUGCCCCAUCGGGUGGGUCCUGUUCUAACGGAACUGGAAGAAUAAAGUUCAGGCGGAUAUUCACGGCUUGUCUUGUCGCCGGGAUGCAGGGCCUGAGCUCCCGAGCUCACGCGUUCUCCGUGGAGGCGUUGGUGGGGAAACCUUCCAAAAGGAUGAAAGUAUCCGAGAGGCAAGAGUCAAAUUCAGCUGCAGACACGGGCGGCGGUGAGAACAUCUUUAGCGGCCUGUCCGAACACACAGCCAGCCAGAUGACUGAAGCAGUGUCAUCACCGUGGAGGCCAGGAGAGACCCCCGGUGACCCGCCGGGACAUAGCGGUACAGAGGAGUCUGACCCGUGUGGCGAGAAGAGCGACUCCCGGCCAGACAGAGAGGUCCGAGCGGAGCUGCAGGGCUCCGAGCUGUGGAAGAGAUUCCAUGAGAUCGGAACGGAGAUGAUCAUUACUAAAGCUGGCAGAAGAAUGUUUCCUUCUGUGCGCGUCAAGGUGCGCAAUCUGGACCCCUGCCAGCAGUAUUACGUGGCGAUGGACGUCAUGCCCGUGGACUCCAAACGCUACAGGUACGUGUACCACAGCUCACAGUGGAUGGUGGCUGGAAACACGGACCACUCAUGCAUCUCUCCGCGCCUUUACGUGCACCCAGACUCGCCGUGCACGGGAGAGACGUGGAUGCGACAGGUGAUCAGCUUUGACCGUGUCAAGCUCACCAACAACGAGAUGGACGAUAAGGGACAUAUCAUUCUACAGUCGAUGCAUAAAUACAAGCCCCGUGUGCACAUCAUCCGGCACGACCCUCGGAUGGACCUGUCACAGAUCCAGUCUUUGCCAGCCGAAGGGGUGCACACCUUCUCUUUCCCAGAGACGGAGUUCACCACAGUCACAGCCUACCAGAACCAACAGAUCACCAAACUGAAGAUCGACAGGAACCCGUUCGCCAAAGGCUUCAGAGAUCCAGGACGGAACAGGGGGGUUUUAGAUGGCCUGCUGGAGUCAUACCCCUGGAGAGGCCCUCUGAGCGUGGACUUUAAGCCUUUCUCCAUACAGCUCCAAGGGAGCUCACUGUCGCAGAGUAGCGUUAAGAACUUUCUCCCUCUCUCGUCUUCUUCACCUCUUCCACCAUUCUUGUGCCCGGACACUGGCCUCCACACUCUCACUCUGCCUCUUUUUGGGAAGACCUCUACCAACUCCCCCACCAUUUCUCCGCUGCCCAGCCAAGUCUUCUCUUCCCUCUGUGCAGACGGACUGAGAAGUAUCCCUUCCCUGCCUCCACUAGCAGACCUGCCGCUUCUCUCUGCGCUGCAGGGGAAGAAACCCCUUAACUGCAGGGAUCCAUGUCCGCACAGGUCCACCGGGAGCUCUCCAUGCCUUAUCCCCCUCCACACCCCCUUGUGCCCCACAGGAUCAUCUCCCCUGCCUCAUCUCUCUGACACUGCAGCCCCCUACUGUCUUUACAGCUACAGCUUUCCCCUGAGCCCCCAACUCACAGCUAUUUCUCGACACACCAAACUGAAUGAAGACACCACAGACUGCCUGCUGUGGCACCCUCCGUGGCAGCAGACCUCCAACCACUGCCACUGACAGAUGGACUGGACUUUAAGACACCUACCCAAAAAGGGGAAUAAGCCAAAGCUUAGCACAGCUAAACAACAGAACAUAAAGAGGUACUUUUCUACUUCAAGCAAAACUGAAAAAAGUGAUGUUGGAGAGGGCAUUUGUAUUUAAGAAACUGUUUAAAAUGAUGUGUUGGAAGUUCAAGCACAAAAUCUGAUCCUUAAGCUGGUUUAUCCUGAGCCAAAACAACCACACUUCAAAUAAAUGUACACACCUUUCUGUUCAGGAUUGUCUUUUUUCUUUACUGCUAAUCCUUCUGUAAGAUUGCAGUGCUAUAAGCUAAUUCUUCACAUAAUGUUACUAAAGAGCAUCAACAGAAGAACCUGAAGUACGUCAAAUAAUUACUGAGAAACAUGGCAAUUACUGUUACAGUUGCUGUUAAAGGAUCUAUGGUAAAGUGCCCAUUAAAGUAUCUUUUGUACUAUG